CUUUUAUUCUUUCAUCACAAUUGCAAGUCGAUUGUGUGUCUCAUAUUUUUCGCAAUUCUAAUUACACUUAAUUUAAUUUAUUCUUCUAAAUUGUCAAUUAAUAUUCGACUCUCUCUUCUCAUAUUAUUCUCUUGAUCCAUUUGUCUCUUUUUCGCCAAAAGCUGAACCAUUUCAAACUCUUUUUCUGUGUUAACUUAAUUUCUCUCAUCAUCAACAACGAACAACAACAACAACAAUACAAUAACAUCUUCUUCUUCCUUUCUCCAAAUUAUCUCUCUGUUGUCAACCAUUUGUCAUCUUAUUCUCAUCCUUGAUAUAAAUUCCAAAAUGUCUUCUAAUUUCCAAAUUACUCUUAUUCGUCAUGGACAAACAGCAGCCAAUAAAGCUCAAAUUAUCCAAGGAAACGCUGAUGUACCUUUGUCGGAUGUUGGUAGAGGUCAAGCAAGGAAACUUGGUGCUCUCUUCAAGCAAAAUGGAACCACUUUUACUCAUGUUUACGCUAGUGAUUUAUCUCGUGCUUUUGAAACCGCUGAACUGGUUGUUGGUGAUCAGAAAUCAAUCAUCACGGAUAAGCGACUUAGAGAAAGGGCAUUCGGUGUGGUAGAGGGUAAAUCAAUUGAAUAUUAUCGAGCCGCUGCUCGGGCUGCUGGUUUCAAGGAGAAAGAGUUGAGUUAUUUUACCCCAGAAGGAGGUGAAACACUACAACAAGUUUAUCAACGGGUUAAGGGAUUUUUCACCGAAUUAGUUGAACAUUUAACAAGCUUACAAUUAGCUGAUAAACCCAAAGUUGUUAUUGUUACUCAUGGAGGUGUCAUUCGGGAGUAUAUGAGAUAUUUUCGUGAUGAAUGUAGGUGCGAUUUCAUGAAAGCUGAGAUAAUGGUUGUUACACCAAACACCGGAGUCAAUGUUUUCAAUAUAUCAACUCUUCCCGGUGGUAAAGUGAAAGCUGAAGUGGUAAAAAUUCAUGAUACUACUCAUUUAAUUGAUGAAAACGCUGAAAGUAUCCCAUCUAAACCGUCGAGUAAUCUAAAUAACGACAAUCAUUCUGAUAAUAAUCAAUCAACUACCACCGAUGAUGAUACUCCAUCACUUGUGGCUCUUUAAUUACCACCAAAAUCAACCCACCGCCAUCGCAGUAAUCGCAAUCAUCAUCAUCUUAUUUUCUCCUUGAGAUCAUAACUUAGUCAAAUCCUUUUCAUUCAUACAAAGUAACGAUCCUGAUGAAUUAAUAUUAAUAUUGGAAUCUCAAUUUUUUCUUCUCGAAAUAUUAAUUACAAUUUACUUAUUUCUAUCUAAUCAAUAACCUUCUCAUGGUUAAUAAUGGCUAUUGGAUCACAGCCUAUCUCUCUAGCCAAGAAUUUAUUGAUUCUAAUUAAUCAACAUGAUUUAAUUACUUAAUUUAAAUUUGACAUUUGGACAAUUGUCAUUUUCUAAACAACUUUUCUCUCUCUCUCUCUCUCUCUCUCUCUCUCUCAAUUCAUCAAAAUGAUAUUGAUGGUUAAUUAUUGAUACAUUUAAUCACCUUAAUCAUAAUCCUGAAAAAUGAAACGAAUCAAGUCAACCAAGAGAAACUAAUUAACACUUGAAGAUUUUGUUUCAUUUGUUUAAUCAAAUCUGUUUAUGAUUUCCAUUAAUUUUGAUUAUGAUAUUUAUUUUUAUCAUAUUAUCAAGAUCAAUAAAUGGUUACCAUUGAUUAAAUUAUAACGAUUAACUUAUAUUCAUCCAUUUAUGUCAAUCAAAUAUCACAUAAACAAUGAUAAUAUUUUAACAAAA